UUAGGAGUGAAAAGAUAGUCUUCCAUUAAGCAAUUCACUUACUGGCAAUCUUUCCCUUAAGAAACUCCAGAUGAAAAUUGAAAGUCUUUUUUGGGAAAGAGAGGCUCCAAAUGCUUUUCCAGAAAGCUGUCUGACCUUUUUGAGAUGAGGGACUCGAACCCGCUUGCCUAAUCUCAGUCAGGCAAGAGGAUUUGCUUAGCAAUCUGAUAACCUGACUUAACAAGAUACUCCCAUGGAUAGAGAAACGUCAUACCCAUCUAUCCCAACAAAGAAAUAUAGAUACCGAAAUAGCUAAGAUGUUAUGAACUUCUUUCUCAGUGAAAUUGUCCCUCUGCUUUUGAACGUUCGAAGAUCUACCAUUGCCAUGGAAAAGUUGAGAAGCCAUCAUCUCUCACUUGAGGGAGGUUGAAGAAGGAUUUUGGAAUCCUCAAAUGACAAAACUACCCCACAGAAUAUACUCGUUAAUAGCCUCUCUCCCAUUCACUUGGAAGUAAUUUCCGCCAUAAAAAUAUAUCCAAUAAAAAAAUUAUUAAAAAAAUAACAAAUAAAUAAAAAGAGUAAACCAGGCAGUGUUCCUUAUCCAGAUAAACACUUCCAAAGAAAACACAGCCAUCAAUGGCAGCGCUAUCGCCAUCAUCACCGCAACUCUCAACGACGCCGUUUCUUUCUCCACGUCUCUCAUUUCAACCCAAAUCUAAACCCCACCUCUGCUUCAUCCCCCGCGCCACCACCGACGAUGAUACCCAACCUGAAUCCAGCUCCCAACCCCAACCCGAAUCCGAAGACGACCCAUUCGAAUCCCGUUUGUCAAAGAUCCGACUCCGUUAUCGGAGUGGAACCGGAAAGAAAGCGGAGGUCAGAAAGGCCAAAAAAGGGGUAUCCAAACCCGGUUCUGGAUCUGGAAUGUACCUGCCACCGGUGCCAUUAAAGGAGGCGACGUCGGAUGGAUUGAAAGUGGAGUUCGGGUUUAGCCAGUAUAGCGAGCGGGUAAAUGGAAGGAUUGCGAUUUUGGGGUUAACGGCGUUGAUAUUGGUGGAGCUGGCGACGGGUAAAGGAGUAAUAAAUUAUCACACGCCGGCGAUUGUGUUGAUUCAGGUUUAUUUUGUAGCGGCGGUUGGGGCUCUGUAUAUUAAGUAUGAGAAGGAGAAGGUUAGUGUUUGGCCUGAAUCUUCUCCGGCCAAAGAGUGAAGUAAGGUUAGCUUGUGAGAAUUUUU